AUGGCUCUCCUCACUGCGGCAGCCCGGCUCUGGGGAGCCAAGAACUCAUCCUGCAUUGUUCUUGCUGUCCAGCAUGCCAGUGCUUCUUCCACGAAUUUGAAAGAUGUAUUGAGCAAUCUGAUACCUAAGGAGCAGGCCAGAAUUAAAGCCUUCAGACAGCAACAUGGGAAGACAGUGGUUGGCCAAAUCACUGUGGAUAUGAUGUAUGGUGGCAUGAGAGGCAUGAAGGGACUCGUGUAUGAGACGUCGGUUCUCGAUCCUGAUGAGGGCAUACUUUUCCGAGGACAUAGUAUCCCUGAAUGCCAGAAACUACUGCCUAAGGCUAAGGGUGGGGAAGAACCCCUACCUGAGGGCCUAUUUUGGCUGCUGGUAACUGGACAGAUGCCAACAGAAGAACAGGUAUCUUGGCUCUGA